GUUUGCUCAGUUCUAGUCGACUCUUAGGGCCAACCUAAGAUUCCGCCCAAUCAACCAGGCACAUGGGGAUCCAUGAAGUUGUCUCCUAUCAUUAACUUGGUCGUUCAACUAGCCCGCUAUGCUUGGGGUAUCUCCCAUCUUGGUGCUUAUGGCUGUGCUUAUGGUUGUUGCAGGGUUUGUUGCUUUUCUUGGAAGAAUCGAAGAGUUCAAGCAGAGAAAACCAUCCAUCUCCUUGGUAGGUCUGAACAGCAGUAUCCGUACUGUGGCCAUCGUUGGUUUGCAUUUCCGUCAGAUCCUGCAUAUUACACUCCCGUCAAUAUGGAGUAGUGCUGAUCAACAGGAAAGAGUAGACCCGGGAUUCCUAGAUCAGCUGCAUAGUGCAAGGGAGACAUUGACUGUGUAACCAAGGAGGUAGUUCAGGGGACGACCUGGAUGACGGAGUACGUGGACUUGGUGACUAGGCUAUUGGCGACGCGGUACUUAUGUGCUCGGUAUGAAGU